AUGGAUAUUAAAUCACUUUUUGGAAUUAGUGGUAAAAAAGUAUUGAUAACUGGUGGUUCAAGGGGAAUCGGUUUGAUGAUAGCUGAAGGAUUUGUAUCUAAUGGAGCUAAAGUUUAUAUAUCUUCAAGAUCUUCAGAUGUUUGUGACAAAGUUGCAAAGGAAUUAACUGCUCAAGGUGAAGCAAUUAGUUUACCAGCAAAUUUACAAGAAUUGAGUGAAGUCAAAAGAUUAGUUUCAGAAAUUGAGAAAAUAGAAAAUGGAAAGUUAGAUAUAUUAAUUAAUAAUGCAGGAGUAGCUUGGGCUCAAAAUUUUGAUGAAUAUACUGAUAAAGCCUUUGAAGUAAAUGUCUAUUAUUAUUGA